AUGUUUAGCGAUGUAUUAAAACGAAUUAACGCUCAAGAAACCUUUAAGCGCCACAUUGACAUCUUCCACGCGGUCACUUAUGAUAAUAUUGAUGGGCUGGUGGCAGCUUUCGUCCGGAACCAGCCAUUCGACGUACGCGACAAGAAUGGGAAUACGGUACUUCAUUUGGCGGCGAAACUUAAUCGACGUCUUCUGUGCCGUGCGAUUUGUGUGUAUGCGUCACAUCUGGAUUUGUGGAAUACGAAAAAUAACGAGGGGAAACAGCCAAUUGAGCUGGCUGAAGACCCAAACAUAAAACGUGAUUUACAAAGUCUAUCAACGGUUCGGAGUACUGUAGACAGCCAUCAUAUGGCCUACAAUAAGCAUUUGAUUGAGAAGAAAAUUAAGGAAAAUUCGGAAAAUAAUCAAAAUCAAAAAGUGGUUUUGAGUUUGGAUGGCGGUGGACUUCGAAUCGUUUUGCAGUGCUCGAUUCUGAUGGCGAUUGAACGUGAAAUCGGUGAGCCACUUCGAAAUCGUGUUCAUUGGAUCGCUGGGACGAGUUGUGGCGGGAUAAUGGCCAGUUCAAUCAGUGUUGGAAUCGACUUAUCUGACGCUCUCCGUAUCUACAUUGUGAUUCGAAAACGAAUUUUCGGCGGAAACACUCAAAUGUUCCCAAAACAUUCAUCGCAUGGAAUCGAGACGUGUCUUCAGGAGGUAAUGGGUCCGAAAACGCCCAUGGCAAAAUGUACAGCUCAUAAACUGGUCGUCACAACUGCAAAAGUCACUCUGGCUCCGCCCCAAUUGAUUCUCUUCCGAUCGUAUGCGCCACGUAUCGAUCCGAAAGAAUUUGAGCAAUUGGGAUAUUUCAAUCCGAAUAAGAUUCUGUUGUGGAAAGCGAUUCGAUGCACUUCUGCGGCCCCAGUCUAUUUCCAAUCGUUCAACGGAAUGGCGGAUGGCGCAAUAUUCUGCAACAAUCCGUGUAUAAUGGUGAUGACCGAAUUUCAAAAAUUGAAAAAAAUUGAAAAUUAUCGCGGAAAAAAUAAUACGGACGAGAUUGGAUGUGUGAUUUCAAUUGGGACGGGAAUUGAGCCAUCGGCACCAAUCAACGGAAUUGAUAUCAAUUUGACACAUGGAAUUACGGGAAUCACGGGAAAUUGGAAAGAGGUUUUUGCCAAUGCCAAGAAUCUUAUCACUGUGUUCUUGUAUCAGUGCACCUCCUCCCAUAACGUGCACGUGGGUCAGUCUCGUGAAUGGUGUCACUCCAUGCAAGUACCAUUCUUCCGUUUCUCUCCACAUCUCGCCGCUCCAUUCGAAUUGGAUAACUGUAAAAUUGAGGAUAUCACCAAUGCAAUGUUUGAUAAUGAAGUCUACAUCCGGACACAGAUUAAUCAACAAAUCAGUGAUUUGUGUCGUCUUUUGAAAUCAAUGCCACGUAAUACGGAACCAUGUCAAUAUAGGAAAAUUACAGGGUAUGGAGGAAGCCAGAAAACUGUGGAUUCGCCGGAUGGAGGGCAGAAGGUUGUGAACUAG